ACAGUAGAGUCUAUGUCGCGGUCUUUCGCGACCAACGCGAGUAGAAACUGCUCCAUGUGUUAAAAAUGUAACUCCGAGCGGUACUUGAAGUUUGUAACAUAGUACAUAUUAUAGUUGAAUGUUGACAGUACGUCAUAACACUCGUUUUUAAGUACUCAAAUAAAUAAAUUAGCAGCCAUGUCGAACAUUGUUGCGGGAAAGAUCGCCUUUGUUACAGGUGCAGGCAGUGGCAUUGGAAAAGCCACGUGCCGUAUUCUGGCGAGAGAAGGUGCCAAGGUCAUUGCUACGGAUAAAAAUUUAAAAGCUGCAGAGCAAACUACCUCGUUUUUAGAAGGUUCAGGACAUCUGGCUUUAGAGCUCGACGUCAGUGAGCUAGGAAACGUAGAAAGUACCUUCAAAAAAUGCCAACAGCACUUUUCAAAACCCCCAACUAUCAUAGUCAAUUCAGCUGGAAUCACUAGAGACAAUUUUCUCUUGAAGAUUAGCGAAGAAGACUUUGACGAAGUCUUGAAAGUAAAUUUAAAAGGCACUUUCUGCACCGUGCGAACCGCAGCGAAUGCAAUGAUCGAAGCUGGUGUGUCGGAAGGUGGUUCCAUAAUUAACUUAUCAUCGAUAAUAGGCAAAAUAGGAAAUAUUGGCCAGUGUAAUUACUCUGCCUCGAAAGCUGGAGUGGUAGCGCUUACGAGAACCGCUGCUAUGGAGUUUGGAAAGUUCGGAAUUCGCGUAAAUGCAGUACUGCCUGCCACUAUAGAAACCCCCAUGAUUGCGUGUGUUCCAGACAAAGUAAAAGAAAUGUUUAUCGGAAUGAUUCCAUUAAAAAGAAUGGGGAAACCAGAGGAAGUGGCGGAAGUUAUAGCAUUUUUGGCUUCGGAAAGGAGUUCCUAUGUUAAUGGAGCAUCUAUUGAAGUCACAGGAGGACUUUAACCUUUAAAUAACAACUAAAUUGCAUUAAACUAUCUAUACAUUUCAGGAGAUGAUUAUUUUUUGUA